AAUGUGGUUUUUUAAAUUGUUUUUCAAAACUGUGCAAUUGGAUAUUGAUGAAAAUUGUCAAAUAGUAAAAUCCAAUAAGAUUAUAGAUAAUCCUAAUAUUACAGUCAGACAGGCAAAUGAUGAUGACAUUGAGAGAAUUGUGGAUUUAUUUUUACAAGGUUUUCCUUUUAAAUGGAAAUAUACAUUCAGAGAAGAAGAGAUGGAUGAAGUCAGAAAAUUAUUCAUUCACGAUUUUAGAGUUGCUGAGACAGUAAUUCCAAAUACAUUAGUUGCAGAAGAAAAUGGAAAAAUUGUUGGAAUUUGUCAAAUGAAAUAUCCACAUGUUAAACCAAUGAAAUAUGGCAAUUAUCGUGCAGAUAUAUCAUUCAAAUCUGUAUUUAAAGUUAUUCUCUCUUCUGGAAUGUUGGAAUAUUUAUAUACAAUGAAGGAUGAUGAAUGUAUUAUUGAUCAUUUAGUUGUUGAUAGCCAGUGCAGGGGCAAAGGUAUCGGGAAAAUUCUCUUAAAUGCUGCUGAUGAAGAAGCAAAAGGCAGAGGAUUAAAAAAAGUAUGUUUGUUAGUUGCACAUCACAAUGAAAGAGCUAAAAAGUUGUAUGAAAAUUGGGGUUAUAUUGCUGCUAAAGCCUAUUAUGGUACAAAAAUAUUCAUGUUUGGAGAUACAGAAAUAGAUUCAGGAUUAGGUUUGGUUUGGGUUGGGUUGGGUUGGGUUGGGUUAGACCAUACACAGAACUGGUAA